AUGCAUUUCACGGCAUCGGCAGAUGAUUUGGAGUCGAUCAAGAUGUUGACAGCCAAAGGUCUCACCAAGUGUCCACACUUAAAGUCGUCGACUGGGAGGAGAGAUGCAUUAUAUCAGCACUUUAGACGCAGUCACCCAGGUCAUGAUCCACCAUCCUUGAUGCCACCAGCUCUGAAGCGCAAACAAUCCAUGGUGGACGACGAUGACGAGGAUGAUGAAGAUAUGGGAUCAUCAGAUAGAGACCAAGAAAAUGAAGAUGAUGCAUAUCAGGAGCAGAGUGACGUUGGACAAGUUGAAGACGAUGAAGAUGUGCCCAUCAACUUGACAUCAGCAACCAACCAGGUACCGAAAUCCAAUGACAAGUUCAAGUGCCUGCACUCCAACUGCGACAAAUCGUUCACUCGGAGGUUCGCAAUGCUUGAUCACAACAGAACGGACCACCAAUGUACCGACCAACAGAGCUGUCCAGGGAUGCACAUCUUCCCAAACAAAUUAUAUAUCAUUGCGCAAUCACUGCCGACGCCAACACCAAUGCCCGUGGACGUACGCAUCAUGUCCAAACUAUCAGGUCCAUCAAAGGUCCAAUUUCAAGGCCGACCCUGA